GUACGAGUCGGAAGCGAUUCAGCUGAAGUGAGAUCAAGCACGAGCAGGGACGCAUUCGAAGAUGCUGCGCCGAGACGGUCUGGUGCCGGCGCGCUUCCUCAGCAUCAUGUCGCACCUAACGCUCUGCCUGACCCUGCUGAUGGCCCGGGAGGACAACGUGGAGGCGUGCCUGCCGUUUGAGUACAGCCCAGACGAGUUCGGCGCCAAGGACACCCAGCUGGUCGUCGGCCUUAGUCUGGCCAUAGCGCUGAUGCUGUUCGAACUGCUCGGCUUCUUCCUCGGCAUAUCCAUGUUUAUGCCCACGGCAGCCAUGACCUCUAUCCUGUGCCACUCGUCAGCGUCGGUGGCGCUGGCCUUCCUGGUGUUCCACAUGUGGGACUGCGACCUCUACUGGCUGAUCCUGGCGCUCUGCUCCGUGCCGCCGGCGCUCGUCGAGCUCGUCAUCGUCAUCGGCGUCGGCGGGCUCAAGAGAGGCUGGUGAGGAGCGAGGCUGGCCGUCGCCGCCGCGCCGAGCCGCUGUUUGCGGCCGCCCUGGGGCGGUCCAUCCCGGCGGCGUCCGGUUCAGACCUGGCCGGAGAUCUGAGCGCCGCCGGCGGUCGGUGAUGUCGUGUCCCUGGCGUGCUGGGAGCCUUGACUGAGAAUGGGCUGAGAACCGCCUGCCACCGGUCAUCGUUGGCUGUCUGUGCGUACAUCGCCAGCCGUCCGUCCGUCCGUCCGUCCGUCCGUCCGUCCGUCCGUCCUCGCUCCUUCCGUCUGUCGCUCCCGCCGUCCGUCGCUCCUUUCGUCUUGCCAUGAACCCAUCCUUUUGUCCUUCUGUUCUUCAGUCCUCCUACCCGUCCGUCCUUCCACCCGUCCGUCCUUCCGUCUGUCCGCCCAGCCACUGAAAUAGCGGCGAGGCGGUGCGAUGUGUGACCGCGUGUGGGGCGGCCGACGGUGUGGUGUGUGGCCGCGAG